AUGGACAGAGGCGAUUUGGGAAUGAUGAUGGCCAGAUUGUUGAGGCUGGCAGCAAUUGAGGCUGGGAUUGGGUUAAUUACGGGAGGCAGAUUGUUGAAAAGGUCUAAACCGCAAUGGAUUCGACAGUUCCUCUGGCUCGCCGCUCAUGAGAAGCUGCUCACUAAUGUAGAACGAAGGAGGCGGCACAUUUCAGACUCGCCGAUUUGCACAUUAUGUAGCCGUUAUGAAGAGUCGAUCUUGCAUUGCCUCCGUGAUUGUACUGGAGCCCGGCAGAUCUGGCGUCUCUUGAUCCCGGAAGCAUGGUCCGUUGCCCUCGGCAUUCGUACAGCCAUCUCGUCCGAGGUAAAUUUGAGGAGCCUAGGCGUUGAGCGUGGCGUGCGACUCAUCCGUUGGGAAGCUCCUGUGGACGGCACUUUCAAAGUUAACACGGACGGGUGCUUUAUUUCUACUUCCGGGAUGGCCACAGCAGGUGGCUUAGUUCGGGACGCUGGGGGCCGCUGGAUUGGUGUCUUUACGAUGAACAUCGGUUACUGUUUGAUUACUAGGGCAGAGCUAUGGGGCCUCUUCCAAGGGUUGCUCCUCGCCUGGGACUUGGGGUGUCGUAAAGUUAUUGUCGAGGUAGAUAAUUAA